UCUGUGUCCGGGUCGCUCGCCGUUCCCUGAGCAGCCGUUAGCGCCCGGUUCCCCUCUCCCGCUGCGGGCGCGACACCCACCCCUGGGACUGGUGCGGCGGGCGGGCGAGCCUGCGCGGCGAGGCGGCAGGGGUGGGGAGGGGCCGGGCAGGACGGGGCUCCGCUCACCCCUUCGCUGCCGGUCUCGGGAGGCGCCGGGGGGCGGUGAGCCCGGGGGAAACCUCGGCCGCGGGCCCCGGCAGCGGGGCAGUCCCCGCCCCGAGGCAGGACGAUGCCGGUGAAGAAGAAGAGGAAGUCCUCGGGGUCGGCGGCUGCGGUGGCGGAGGACACCGGCCUCAAGAAAUGUAAACUCGGCAGCUAUUGCAGAUCACAAGCCUCUGGUAAAGUAAUAAGCGGAGAGGAACAUUUUUCAAGCAAAAAGUGCCUGGCUUGGUUUUACGAAUAUGCAGGUCCUGAUGAAGUUGUGGGGCCUGAAGGAAUGGAAAAGUUCUGUGAAGACAUUGGUGUUGAGCCUGAAAAUAUUAUUAUGUUAGUUUUAGCCUGGAAACUAGAGGCUGAGAGCAUGGGAUUUUUUACCAAGGAAGAAUGGUUAAAAGGAAUGACCUCAUUACAGUGUGACUGUACAGAAAAGUUACAGAGUAAAUUUGACUUCUUGCGGUCGCAAUUGAAUGACAUUUCAUCCUUUAAGAAUAUCUACAGAUAUGCCUUUGAUUUUGCAAGGGAUAAAGACCAGCGAAGUCUUGAUAUUGAUACUGCAAAAUCCAUGUUAGCUCUUCUGCUUGGAAGAACUUGGCCACUGUUUUCAGUAUUUUAUCAAUACCUGGAGCAAUCAAAGUAUAGAGUUAUGAACAAGGAUCAGUGGUACAAUGUGCUGGAGUUCAGCAGAACUGUCCAUGCAGAUCUUAGCAAUUACGAUGAAGAUGGUGCAUGGCCUGUACUUCUGGAUGAAUUUGUUGAAUGGCAAAAAGUUCGUCAAGCGUCAUAGCGAGAAUUCAAAAGAAAAUGCAGAAUUUUUUUUGGAGCCCGCCUGUACACAAGCUAAUGAGAAAAACAAAGGAUUGCAUUUUUGUUCUUGAGAAAGACUGUACAGUAUUUUUUUUUCCUUUUUAAGGACAUUUUCUUGUUACAUGUGAUACGGGCAUUGAACCACACUUCUGAGACUGAAAGUCAGAGUUCUUGUUUUGAGUCUUAUGUUUAUAGCAUUUAUUUCAGAACAAUAAAGAUUCAGACUUGUGUCAAAGGCCUAAAAGUGAAGAA